CUGCCUUAAUUUUGUCUGUUGUUUUUAGGACAUCUAUAACGCGCUACCCGGACGAACGCUACGCAUUCGAGAGUUUACAGCUAAAAGAACAUUUUUCCUUGUCGCGCGAGGAGCACAUUUUUUCACUUUGCAACAGUUACACGGUGAAGUGCUCAAGGCACAUAUCCCAGGAUGGUUGUACCGUCAUUUGUCUAAUUUGUUUUACUGUGCUACUGCUGUCGUUACAGCUUCUGCUGAAGUUAGUUGGGCCCGUCAAUGUCUAGCCUAAGUGCUGAUUGCUGCUUGUUGCUCAGUCUAGAAUCUGGCCUCACAAAUGCGAUGAGCCUAGCUGAAAGCAUCACUGCCAAAAUGGCAUGCCAUGCCCCUUCAAAGAUCGGUGGUCAGGUCGAGGUUGGCAUGCAGUGCAGCUUGUCUCUUGCUGACAAGUCUGUUGGGUGCUCGUUCAAACCAGGGAGCGAGUCUAGGAGCGUGCAGACUACGGAGGCUGUGGAGCAGUUAAGCUCCACCUCAGCAUCAAGGCCUUCAAUUUCUACAUCAACUGCCAAAUGUGACAACUCAAAGCAAGGAUGCCUCCACCGAUGUGAGCUAUGUGACUAUGUGGCAGAUGAACUAUUUCCUCUGGAAGCACAUGCCACCAUCCAUACUGGCGAGAAGCCAUUUCAUUGCCCUUCAUGCUCUCGGAGCUUCUCAUAUAAGUGUUAUCUGAAUGUCCACCUGCGGACUCACACAGGCGAGAAGCCAUUUGACUGCCCUUCAUGCUCUCGGAGCUUCUCACGAAAGCCCCACUUGAAAGCCCACCUGCGCACCCACACAGGCGAGAAGCCAUUUGACUGCCCUUCAUGCUCUCGGAGCUUCUCAGAAAAGGGCCACCUGAAUGCCCACCUGCGCACCCACACAGGCGAGAAGCCAUUUGACUGCCCCUCAUGCACUCGGAGCUUCUCACAGAAGAGGUUCCUGAAAGCCCACCUGCGCACCCACACAGGCGAGAAGCCAUAUCAGUGCCCUUCAUGCUCUCAGAGCUUCUCAAUCAAGGGUUACCUCAAAGCCCACCUACGCACCCACACAGGCGAGAAGCCAUAUCAGUGCCCUUCAUGCUCUCGGAGCUUCUCACGAAAAAAAGACGUGAAAUUCCACCUGCGGACACACACAGGCGAGAAGCCAUUUGACUGCCCUUCAUGCUCUCGGAGUUUCUCAGAAAAGGGCAGCCUGAAAGCCCACCUGCGCACCCACACAGGCGAGAAGCCAUUUGACUGCCCUUCAUGCACCCGGAGCUUCUCAAGAAAGCCCCACCUAAAAGCCCACCUGCGCACCCACACAGGCGAGAAGCCAUUUCACUGCCCUUCAUGCUCUCAGAGCUUCUCACAAAAGGGCAGCCUGAAAUCCCACCUGCGCACCCACACAGGCGAGAAGCCAUUUCACUGCCCUUCAUGCACUCGGAGCUUCUCACAGAAGAGCGGCCUGAAAGUCCACCUGCGCGCCCACACAGGCGAGAAGCCAUAUCAGUGCCCUUCAUGCUCUCAGAGCUUCUCAAUCAAGGGUCACCUGAAAGCCCACCUGCGCACCCACACAGGCGAGAAGCCAUAUCAGUGCCCUUCAUGCUCUCGGAGAUUCUCACAAAAGAGCAACCUUAGGAAACACAUGAGGCGAGAAGCCAUUUCAUUGCCCUCUCUGCCUUCAGUGAUUCUCGUUGAAGAAUGCCCUGAAGAUACACCGGUGCAUUCAUACAAGUGACCGGCCAUAUAGUUGCAUUGCCUGCUUCAGGUCCUCAUCACUUGAACAGACUUGGAGAGCACAGCACCAUGAUUCAAUUCAAUUCAAUUCACUUUAUUUUCAACACCACAAUGUUGAGGACUGCGAACAAGAAGCCUUUUAUGGCUUGACAAGGUCCAGAUCCCUUUUUAACAAGAAGUGACAGAGCAUAGGGUUAGGUAUUACAUAUUAAGCUAGAAUUACCUUUGUCCCAAUAACACGAGUGUGAGACAUAAUGCAUAUAUAUAUAAUAUAUACAUACAUACAUAUAUGUGUAAAAUGAACUCAAGUGAAACAGAAUGUAUACUCACGUACAAUUGAAACCGAAAGAAUUAACGCUAAUUACUAAUGCACAUUAUACAUAUAUGAAAACAAAUGUGUCACACAAAACAUACUGCAAUGCACAAUUCGGCAAAUACACUGUUACAAAAACAAUUUCUUCCAUGUUCCAUACUGUAGGGUAGUUUAACAAUCUCGUUGAACUAGAGUCUGAAUUAAAAAUCUACAUUCGUGUAAUAUGUUACGUAGUGUUCUACUGCAUCAGGUAGCACAAGUGUUUCCACAUGUUCCUGAGAGCAAGCUUUAACUCGGGCCCAACUUCGAUGCCGCCUAUUCAAAUACAUGUAAAACGCAUAAAUGCUUUUCUGAAAUAACCAGUGGGCCGAUUGUAACGAAAUUUGUUACACUUGAGAGAAAAAGCUAAAUUCUGGUGACUGCUGGAAGCAUAGUUUAGUUUGAAGGCCUGAAUGUUAUAACAGGAAUUUACAAAGAUUUUCCAUCUUUAAAAAAAUUGGAGCAAGAAUUUUAUAAAUUUUUAACUCUGCGCUUGGAAUAGAUAUCGUAGCUCUGUAAACUGCAUACGCUAGAUCUUCCAAAGCAGACAAAUUUGAUGUAUCAGUGUAUAUCUUGUUAAAUAGUUACACUGUUUACAGACACUUUGCAAAUGUCCUACUCACUUAUUAGUGGCAUAUUUUAAUGCUUUGUUUAAUACGUAAAUAUUGUCCGCUUUAGGUGUCCUAUUCGGAGCAUUUUACAGAAUUGCAAUAUCAUUUUUCAUUGCUGAGUUACCAGAGUUGUAAACUUGAUAGUUUCGUUUUCUGAGAAUUCGUGAUUUUCAACUAUUGCUAUUUAAAGAUUGAUGUCCUAAAUCAAAAAUUCACUACCAACAGUCACUACAUUCUAUUUCUUUUAUAUGCAACAAACUUCAUCUGGUUUCGUGCAGUAGUUAAGACAAAUGAUCUCUCCUUUCCCAUGUAUGUAGAUGGGAGCCCCCAAGCUGAAGCUUGCUCUUAGAGGGUCUCUGAAACACUUUUGUGGGGUUACCAUAUUUUCUCUAGAUCUUUUCUCAACACGUUAUGGAACACAGAGCAAAAGAUUUACGAGAACUAACCCACAUAAAGCCAUUGUAGCUGAAAAAAAUUCAAAAUACAGUUGAACUUCAAUUAAAAGAAGUCUGCAAAAACAGCUAUUUGCUUUGUUAUAUUGUGGCUUUUCAUUAUUUGAAAAGUAAUUGAUGUUCAUUCGUGUCUCAAAAAUUACUGUUUGCAUGCCCCUACAAACUAUGUAUGUUCAUUGUAAUAAUUGUUACACUACAGAUGCCUAAAUGAUGUGUUCUUUAGGCUCUGUUUUUUUUCGGUGUUCUCUUUGGUACAUAUGAACUUGUUCUCUUAGACCAAUUCAUGUAUUUGUUGCCUCUUGGUUCUGGUCUACAUGGUUCAUUGUGGAUUCUCUUGAUCUUAUUCUGUUCGUUCCUUUCUUUUUUUUUUACAAAUGGGUACUUCUUUAGAGGAAUUGAUUGUUCAGUAAGCUAGCUUUCCACUGUCUGUUUCAUUAGAGCAUCAAAUAAAUGCCAGUGUUUGGUGAGUA